AGCACAAACCAGAAUUUCUUACGCCUCCAUUGACUAUCCAUAGAAAAAAAAACUAUGCCGAGUGCCGAGCCCUCUUUAUAUACCACAAUGCUUUGCGCGCAUUAAAACGGAACUAAAGGCAGAGUCGAGUAUCUUGUUAAAUAGACUAUAGUUUUGUGCUCUUUUGUUGUUAUCUAUCUGGGAGGCGCUUUUGGCUGCAAACUUAUUCUUCUUGUGUUAUAUUAGUUUAUCCACGUGGGUCCUCCCUGCCCUGUUCCGUUUCCGUAUCGAUAACAGAAAGCAUGCAGGCUUCGCUGAAGAAAAUGAGUCUAGUGUCUGUGGGCUUCUGUGAUAACAAUUAGCCUGUAUCGGUGUUAGCCGUUAAAUUACCCGAGUCUCAUCAGCAGCAGAAUACAGCACAGGUUUCAGUGACGCAGAUAAUCAGAUUUAAAAACGUCAGUACAAAUUUGUUCACAACUUUGCUUUGCCUUUGUUCACAACAAGAAGUAGAAAUGUCAGGAACAAGUUGUGUUUUACGUCCAUACCGGUAUUUUUGUACUGCAGGAAAAGGCAUGGAACAAUUUCUUGUUCAAGAAGUCAUUUCAAAACUGACAGCUUUUGAUGUGGAACAGGUACCAGGCAAAGUCUUCUUCACAACCAGUGCAAAUGUGAAAACGCUGCAAGGACUAAAAUCAGCGGAAAGGUUAUUUCUGCUGUUGAAGAAAGAGCCUCCCAUAAGUGUGCCAUGGAAUACAGGAAAGGCAAAACAUGUAAUUCAGAAGAAAAUAAUUGGAGAUGAUAGAGUAUGGAUGGAUACGCUUUCUACUUGGCAGAUACUUCAGAGAGCUUUAAAUGACAGUUCUUCAUAUAAAAGCAACACCAAAAACAGCCGGAAGAGAAAAUGGGAGGAGGAAGGCCACAAAGAGUGUAAUAAGAAAAUGAACCUGGAGGGAGGAUUCUUGGGAAGUCCAUCGCAAGUUGAUCUUGAAAGAAUCCCAGAUCAGGAGAGCAUUCAGUUGGACUCAGUAAUCUGUGGGGACGAUAGGAAGAGUUCUGUGCGUGAAAAGGUCUCUCAGGAAGAUGUUUCAUUGAACCCCAAAGAACUGUCAGCAUUGUUCAGAGUUUCUUGCCGCUGUAGUGGCAGUGUUGCUAAGAGAUUUAAUGCACAGGAGCUUGGACAAAUUAUUGGAACUGCUUUAACUAAACGGCUUGGAUGGAAAGCAGAGCUGAGAGACCCAGAUGUCGAGGUUAAUGUACACCUAAGUGACGAGCACUGUGUUUUGGGGAUCCCAGUUUUCAGGCUUCCUUUAGCUCAUAGGACAUAUAUUAAAACAACAGGACUUAGAUCAACUAUUGCUUGGGCUAUGGUGUCUCUGGCUGAUAUCAAGGCUGGCACGACCUUGUUGGACCCAAUGUGUGGGGUUGGCACCAUUCUUUUAGAAGCUGCUGAAGAUUGGCAGGGUGCAUUUUUUCUGGGGUUUGACAUUAAUGAAUCACAACUGAAAGAAGCGUACAAUAAUGUGCAGUUUGCAAAUCUGACUGAGAAAAUUGACCUAAUCAGAGCAUCAGUGAUGGAGAUGCCGCUCCUGUCAGCUAGUGUCGAUGCUAUAGUUUGUGACAUUCCAUUUGGGAGAAAAUUCAACAGUGAAACCGAUAUGAGAACAAUGCUGCCAGAUAUUCUAAAAGAAAUGGAAAGGGUGCUUUGUGUUGGUGGGAACCUCGUGCUGCUGCUAAGUCCUCAGCUCUCCAUGCACUUGAAGAAGUAUUUUAAUAAAGAAUGUAAGGCAGCCAAUAAUGCUAUUUCAUCUUCUGGGUACUCUGAAGACGCAGGGACAUCUUCUCAAGAUACGAAUGAGAAGAUGGUUCCAUUCGCUAGGGAAGCCACACUAAAGGAAAACUGUAAUUCUUUGUCAAAUGGAUUUGUUUCUUUAGUACCAAAUGGCACAUACAGAGUAAGCCUAGGGGCAACUGAUGCACUCAUACACAGGUACAAAAAGGUUUCUGUCUGAAUGUCUUUCAGCAAACACUUCAUGUACACAAUUAUAUGUGGUUAGCUGUUCAAUUGUAACAUUAUUCUGCAAAUAAAUAUUUUUUUACCUUUCUUUUUAAUUGA